AUGAAUGAUCCUGAACCCCCAAAUGGUAUGAAGAAACCCAUGUCCAUGAUGAGUUUGUAUCUCGAUCCCAUCAGCAUUGAACCUAAUUAUGAUGUGUCGAAAGAUUGUCCUAAUGCGAUAAAUGUUAUGGAAAAUGUUGAAGCUUCUGAAACUAGCAAUAACCCUAUAUUUGUUACUACCUUGAGUAAAUCUAGUGUGAUCGUUGCUGACAGAGACGAUGUUGAUAAGAAUAUUCAUGUGCUGAUCUCUCAAGGAUUGGGAAUUGACCCCAAGACAAAUUUCAUGCCGGAUGUCUCCACAUCCUUAGCCCAACCGGAUAAUAAUAUUGAGAACCCCAGAGAUAAUCCUGAUAUGCAUGCACCUACUAUGUUUCCUGAGAAAUCGCAAGACAAAGAAAGGUCUGAAGACCUAACUAAUGUGUCGGGUAACAAAGAUAAAAACCUUGUUGCUCAAUCCACUAACAUUGUUAAUAUUGAGGAACUGGACUCUGAUGAUGUUCCUAUUGGGCAAAGACUGGCUCCUGGCAUAGCUAAAAGGUUGAAGAACAAAAAAGGCCAAGUUGUUGGAUCCUCCAGUACUCCCUCCAAAUCAGUCAGGAAGAAAACGAGUAUUGGUCCCAAUAAAAGAUGGAGCAAGGCGGCCACUCUUGUGUCUAAGAAGAAGUCCCUGAAAAGGAAGGAAGUUCCCUUUGAAUCUAAUCAUGACGUCGAACAUAAUAUUCAGGACAUCAUCUCUACUUCCAGAAAGCAAGCCUUUGGGAAGAAGAUACCAACUAAUAUUCCUGAAGUUCCACUUGACAACAUUUCUUUUCACUCUGUUUAA